AUACCCCUGAACACUUCCGGCGCCCGACCUUCUCUACCGGAAGUUUGUCCCGUGUGACGCCUAUCUCACGCGGCGGAAGUUCCGGUUUGCGCGGGAGUCUGGGAACUCAGCAUAUUCCAGAGCGCAGGGAGAUCAUUGGGCAAGAAUACGAGUGUGGCGGAACAGAACCAGAGGAAGCAAAACGGCCGCGGAGAAAAAGCGGAGACAGUGGGGAGGGGGGGAAGUUCUAUCCGAACUCAGCAUCCUCGCUCGGGGGGAUCCGGGCCGGGGAUGGCGGACGGGGCCGAUCUGAUUGAUAUUUACGCCGAGGAGGAGUUCAUCCAGGUGGGGGAGACCCGGAGCGGCACAAAGAGAAAUGAGUCGGAGUUUGCUGCUGAGCAGGUUGACCUGUAUGACGACGUGUUGGCUGUGCCAGCGAUUCCUUCUUCUUAUACUGAUGGCAACAGAAACAGCAAUGUCCUGGAACCACCAUCUCUUGUACAGAGCACCUCUCCCCUGUCAAACAACAAGAUUCCUGAAGUCCUGUACCACAGUGGGCGCAACAGGGUGUCCAUGUACAUUGGAAAUUUCUCCUGGUGGACAACAGAUCAGCAGCUGCUCGCUCUAAUUCGCUCCGUGGGCAUCAAAGAUCAUGUGGAAUUAAAAUUUGCAGAGAAUAGGGCUAAUGGCCAGUCCAAAGGGUUUGCAGAGGUCAUCGUCUCCUCUGAAUCCUCCAUGAAUCUUAUACUCGAGCAUUUGCCUCAGAAGAAGCUGAAUGGGAAGAAGCUGGAUGUGCGACCAGCCAAUCGGCAGAACCUGUCCUUCUUUGAAGCAUUUUCACGCAAGAAGAUUCCACCUCGAGCAAAUUCAAAGGGAUCUUCAGAUUUAACAGAUGGGUCUUCUACCCCGGGCGAGCCUGCCAUGUUGUCCCCUCCAGCCGAGGCUCCAAAAAGGAUUAUGCCGCUGCUCACCAACAUCUCUUAUUCUGAACCUCCUUCUCGCAUCCCUGUCAUGACACUUCAACGACCCACUAUGACUCUUCCUCCUCCUCCUCCUCAGUCUCCCACACUGAAUGCUGUAUACCGGCCACCCCCUAUUCCCCCUCUACACUAUACCCAUUUAAUGCCCCCACCUCCUAGGCUGUUGCCACCUCCAUUAGGCAUGCCUCCACCUGGCGGUGUGCCACCUGCCCUCCAUCUAAACCCUGCCUUCUUUCCCCCUCCCAAUUCUGUCCUUUGUCCCCCACCAGAACCGUUCAAGGUGAUUCCCAACCCCUAUGUACAUGGCCGAGACCCAAAAGGGCCGUUUCCUCUAGUAAGUGAAGCCGAGUUUGAAGAAUUGAUGAACAGAAAUCGUGCAAUCUCCAGGAGCGCGCUCUCUAAUGCAGUAUGCGGGGCAACGUCAGGGGAUUACACGAAUGCCAUCAAAACUCUAGAAACAGCCAUCGCUGUGAUUAAGGAGUCUCGUGUGGCCAACGACGAUCGCUGCCGAGUCCUGCUUACCUCCCUCAAAGACUGUUUGCAUGGGAUUCAGGACAAAGCCAACUCUUCCAGGAAGAGACACCGCUCCAGAGAUAGAUCCCCGAGCCGAUCAAGGGAAGGCAGCAGCCGGCGUCACAGAGACUCGCACGACCGAUCAGAUGAAUAUUAUCAAGAGCGUCAUCGUGAUAAGGAUCGACACCGCUGAAAGGUCUCCAUGAUGCCACACAGAUUUUUUUUUUUUAUUGGUUUUGUUUUGUUUUUUAAACGAAAGGACUCGCGUUGUGCCCUUGUGACCCAAUGAAGCUUGCCGCGCUCACCUCCUAUUUCAUUAGUGACUUCUCCCUUUGUUACUCAUGGGAUUUUAUUCCGGUUCAUGCAGGGACCAACCUGUCUCCUUCAAGCACAGCUUUUCCACCAGCUCCUCCCCGGCAGUCGUUAAUGGGCACUUCCAAAGAGGUCGCCUUUUCCAUAUCAUCAUCAUCAUCAUCAGUCUCCAUUUUCUUCCCUUCUAUUAGUGGAAACGUUGUUUGGGGCAAUGCCAGGACUUGCUUAUAGCAUAUCCAUCAGACUGAUAGCAGUCCAGCAGAGAUUUUUCUUUUUGCACUCUACAAUGUUCUUUCCAGUGGUUUGUUCCUCGCGGCAUCGAACUGUAAGAGUCGGCGGAUUCAUUCACUUGUGAAGCCAAGAGAGGGAGCACUGGGAGGGAAUUUUCUAACGACAUUGCUGAGGCCAUUGCUCAUACACUGAUACCACAUCGGAAUGAGUCUUGGGCAGAUAAAAGAUUUCUCUCUACCUGUGCCCACCCUCUCUCUUAUUUUCAUUACACUGAGUUUGGUGGAAGGAGCUGCGGUAACCUACUGCUCUGGAAAGGUUGGGCAAAUAUUAGUUUUUUUUUUUUUUUUUUACCAUAUCCGAAUGUUUAGUUGUGCGUUAUAUGGAGGGGCACUGUAAUAGCCUAAGGGAAGCCCUGCGUAACCCCAUCUGGCGGGGAAUUACCCCUCCCGACACCAUCAAUUGCUCCUGUUCAUUUUCCCCCGCCUGGAAAUUGUGGAAUAAAUUGAUUAUGUUGUCAAACUUU